AACUGCCUUAUAGAUUCAAUAGUUUAAACUUAUAUAUUUUUUGUGGAAGAAAUCCAGAUACUUAUAUGAAAUAUGAAUUUCUUCAUAUUAACUUUUAUUUUAACGUUGUUCACCUUUCAAGAGUGUUUCGCUGGAAUCCCUGCGGAUGUUAAAAAAUGUCGUACUGCCGAUUUAGUUUGCAUAGCAAAAACAACCACUGAAAUUUUACACAAAUACCCAAAUGGAAAUGAGGAACUUGGAUUGCGAAAAAUCGAACCCGUUCAUCUGGAUCAGAUGGUAAUUGCUCGAAAAGAUGGCAACAAUCCAUUGAAUUUGAAUUUCAGAUUCACCGAUCUCGAUAUCUCGGGACUCUCAAAAACAAACAUUACCAAAGUAGUUGGAUUCGAAAAGGAUCCGAAAAAAUCUAAAUUCGAAGUUUAUGCGAUUACUCCGGAAUUGAGAAUUUAUGGUCAUUAUGAAGCAAACGGACGUAUUUUGCUGCUACCAAUUGUUGGCAGUGGAAUUGCAGAUAUUAAAAUGAAAAAUUAUAAAAGCGGUAUUAAAGUGAAGUUUGCUAUAAAUAAGGAGGAGGAUGGAAAGCAAAGAUUAACUAUUUCGAAAUUGAAAGUUCAAAACGACGUCGAAUCAAUGAACAUACAAUUGGAAAACUUAUUUAAUGGGAACAAAGUAUUAAGUGAAGAACUUAUGAAAGUAGUUAAUGACAAUUGGAGAGAUGUUUGGAACGAAUUGGAAAGCGGUAUUAAUGAAGGUUAUUCAGAUAUUGUAAAACUAUUGUUUAGUGAAGUUUUAAAAGGACUUGAUUAUGAUGAAUUUUAUAUUGAUUAA